UUUUAAAAGGGUGUGGGGCACAGAAGGGUUUAAAUGGUGUUAAUAACGGACGAAAAAGAAGAAGGCGCAAAGGUUCGAGAGAAUGGAGUUACCGAAAGCGUUGGAUUGUGUGCGUUUAGAACCCAUAAAGUUGCUAUGGAUACACCUAUCGUGUCUAUCACCAAUUCUGAUGGCAGUGUGGGUAAGUGUGAAUUAUCUGGAGAGGACAAUAAUGAGGAGAUCGAAGUUGAUUACAGACAAGACUAUUGGGAGGAUGAGGACGAUAUCUACCAGGAAUUCGAGGAGUUGGACUUUGAGACAAUGUCGGAUUUCUCAGACACACGGAGCAUUGCCUCGGAUGAUUCUUUCUACCCCCCAGACAAUUCAGUUAUGUCCCACUUAUACAGUUCACCAAGCCCUGACAGCCCUGAACCCAUUUCCUUCUUUAAGGCCUGCUGCAACAACAACACCAUCAUCGUCAAGAUUUUGAUCAGACAAGGAGUGACUGAAGAGGAAGCGAAAGAGACAGAUAGGAACAGAAGAUCUGGCCUGAUUGUGGCGUGCUACUAUGGCUAUGUGGAUGUGGUCAUUGCCCUCUCUCAGUGCCCAUAUGUCGAUGUCAACUGGCAGGACAACGAGGGUAACACUGCUCUCAUCACUGCAGCACAAGCAGGUCAUAUGUUCAUCUCUAACUACCUACUCAACUACUUCCCUGGGCUGGACAUUGAGAGGAGGAACUGUCACGGUUUCACAGCUUUGAUGAAGGCUGCCAUGCAGGGUCGGACUGAGUGUGUCAGGGCUCUCAUGCUGGCUGGAGCCGAUAUUCAGUCACGGGACUACGGCCGCAAAAUGACACCCAGGGAGUGGGCCCUCUUCACUGGUCGAUGUGAGACAGCCAACCUGAUGUAUCGGCUGAUGUCAAAGCCCUGUGCUGAGCAGUUCUGUGACUCCUUCUCCCUGGAGUGGCCCAUGCUGGAGGAGCUGGUGGCCCAGGCCCAAGAGCCAAAGUCCUGCUGGAAGCGUCUGAUCAACCUCCUCUCCUGCUGCCCUUAUACGUUUUACAUGAACAACAAGGUAAACCCUGUGGAUGAUGGUGUUCUUGAACACAUGAUCCAGAUCACCACCAGUCUUUCCAGUCCAUUCAUUGCCACAGCUUGCCACACAGUGUGUCCAGGCAGCCCACCAUGCAUUGGGAAGCGUCGUCAUGCCGUGCAGGAGAUCCUGAGGAGGCAACGAGUGGCUGAGCUGAAACGUCUGGGCCCAGAUAGACUGAACAACUACAAGAGAUUUUUCCAGAACUCACGGGUCCUCCUCAUCCCCAAGUCGAUGGAUCGGAGGGCCAGCCUUCAGCCUCAGCUGCUCAGCGAAAUGGCUGUGGCAUCCACGGUAGCCUUGAGACGAGCGAGUCUUCUGCCUCUUCACAUGCUGAGGAGAAGCAGCGUGCGGCCAGGCAUUGUGGUGCCCAAAGUGAGGCUCUGUAAAGCUCCGGCUCCGAGUUAUAAACCGGAAAAACUCAGAAAGAGCAGAAACCACAAUCACCUCCAGGUCCCCAAGUGGAACUACAAGAUGAAGAAAAUAGAGAGGAGGCAGGAGGAGGAGAGACAAAGACUGAUAAAGAAGAGAUGAGCGUGAAAGAGGAGUACUACUGUGUUCACAUUAUCUGAGACAGCAAGACACCAAUUGCUGCAACUUCUGAGAGCUGGCUUUUACAACGCACAGUGUUACAGUCUUCAAAGAAUCACCUUAAUGAACUGACUCUUUAAAUGUGAAUAUAACUGCUAAUCUGCUGUGAUUGCGGAUAUUGUUGAAUUUGUUGCCUUGUUUCUACUUGGGACAUGCAGGAGCUCCACAUACAGUAUUGUAACUCCUGCUAGGAUGCUGACAAAAUACAUUUUUUCAUGUUGGCGGCCUAUAUUUAUGGUAAACACGGCUACAGAAUGAAAGAAGUGUAAGGGUUUCAGUAUGCUUCAAAGUAAGUGCUUGGCCAAAUGGUCUCAAAAGUAUACUCCAUAUUCCAAGUAUGUCAUGCCUUUGCCCUCCUAAAAGGAAGAGAUAAUCAGCUAAAAAAAAAACUAUUGAAAUGAUGGGCAUCAAAGAGGAUUUGGAAGUGGGUAUACCCAAUGGUGAGUCAAAAAUAACUGGGUAUACCCUGCACUGCAUCACUGCUUUAGGGUGAAAUGUUGAACAAAAUGAAAUUUGCCAGAGAGGAAUAUCAAGAAGGCAGGAAGGUGGCAACCAGUCGGUGUGAUUUCACAGGGACAGCUCCGACAUGGCCAAAUGAAUGGAUGAUUGGUGGCUGGCUGCUACAGCAGAUUGCCACAGGAAAGGAUCGCUGAGCACACAGGAGGAAGCCAAGAAGCCAUUUUGCACUGAUACAUAGUAGAACAGGUAUUUGCAAGGAAUGCUUAUGAGCAGUAUUUGAUAGCUGAGCCCGAGGAGCAAGCUCACACUGGCUUUGUAAGGGCUUUGUGGAGAAUUGGAAAAGCAGAACCAAAAAUAAACAGCUUAGUGAGAGACUAUGACUUGUUGACUUCCAAAAUAAUCACAAGUUAGUCCACUGUUACUGUCUGCUCCUGUCUGUGAGAACUAAGCAUUUAAAGUUUUUACUUAUUGCUACAAAAAUAUCAAGUAAGGCAUUUUGAGUAAAAAAAAAAUCUCCAUAAAAGAUAAUAAUGCCACGACAGGUAACUCACUUGCAAGUCAGGUAUAAAUGAAUCCCUGAUGUGCUGAUGAUAGUAGCUACGGAGUGAGCCAUCUUGCUUCUUUCCUCAUCUCUCUUGAGAGUUGCACAUGCACACAUGUGAGAAAAUGGUGGGAGGGUUAAGUUUAAAAAAAGUUAAAAAAAAAAAAAAAGACUUUGGCCAAAUAGAUUUCUGACCCACUUGCCUAGCUGGACAACAUUAAACUACACCAAAGGACCAGUGUGUAGGACUUAGUGGCCAGUGUUUAGUUUGUCCGUUCUGGGCUUCUGUAGAAACAUGACGGUCCAAAAUGGUGAACUCCAUGGUGUUAUGGAAUUUUUUAUCCUUAGGUUACAAGAGGUCAGGUGUGGGCCUUGAGGUCCUCAGCAGUAUUAGUUG